AUGAAUCCACUAACAAACAUCAGGAACCAAAACAAGUUGAAUGAAAGAGAGCUCCAAUUGGGCAUUGCUGGUGACUUAAGAAAAUCCUGGCACCAGAGGUAUGGGGAUUCUGCGUGGAUCUACAUCGGAGGAUUGCCGUAUGACCUCACAGAAGGUGACAUAAUCACCGUCUUUUCGCAGUUCGGUGAAGUGAUCAAUAUCAACCUACUGCGUCAUGCUGACACUGGAAAAUCCAGAGGAUUUUGUUUCUUGUGCUAUCAAGACCAAAGGAGUACGGUGCUGGCCGUUGACAACUUCAAUGGUAUAACUCUGCUCAAGCGAGUAAUAAGAGUGGAUCACGUCGAACAGUACAAAGUUCCAAAGUACAAGGAGAACGCAGACGAGGAAACGAAGCGAUUGUGGGAGGAGGGUUGUGCUCCAAAACCUAUCCGAAGGACCGGAAUAGAUGGGACUCAACCGGAAAGGAAGAAAGAUACCGAGAUUGACGCUGAAAAUGCGAUUGUGUCUUUAAAGGAGGACGAAGAACUUAGGGCGUUGAGAGCGAAAAUAAAAGCGGAUCGGAAACGAGAAAAGAAGGAAAAGAAGAAAGCGAAGAAAGAAAAAAAGAAACUGAAAAAGCUUAUGAAAAGCACGAAGGAUGAUGUCAACACGGAUUGGAAAGGGCAAACAAAGCUUCUGGAUAAAUCUGUGAAGGAGGAGAAUUUCUAUGGUCCAAAUAAGCACUUCAACUUUGGAAAGAAGACCGAGGCACUUGAGGAGCCCACCCAUAAUGUACGACCUGAUUUUGAAAAGGCUGAUUGGCGUGAUAUUGAAAUUUGGAAGGAAAUUCGUGAACGCGAAAAAGCUGAGCAAGGACAGAAAAAAAGCGACUGGAAACCGGAAGAGCACUAUGUAUCCAGUCGAUAUCGUUAA